AGCAGGCCCUCCUUCGAUGAGGCUUGCCAGUACCCUGAUAACUUCUCCCUCCCCUGUGCUGGCCGCCCAGGAUGUGGCUUGACCGCAUCUCAGGCCAUUCGAACCCUUUGGGAGCUCCGCUCCAUAGUCGCGCUUCUCCGAUCCCUCGAAGAUCUUCCUCCUAUCUGUCUCCUGGUCCGCACAGCAAUCGCCCUGGGGCUGGCCCUCAGUCGUCGCCAUUAUCCAUUUCGCCCACUCCGAAUGGCUCAACUACAUCGCUUCCCGGUCUCGUGCGUGGCCUCCAUGAAGGGUCAGUGCUGAGGCAGAGUGCCACAAGGCCUCGUCCCCCCGAUGUCGCCGAUCCCUUAGAGGUGUUGAACAGAAUAAUCGGGGGAAAGAAAGGAGAGACUUCAGAUGCAGAUGUGCCGGUUUCGACUUCUGUUCCCGAAUCCAAACCCUCUCAGUUGAUGGAAGACAUUCCCUUUGAGGGCCUUAGUCUGCAGGAGUUCGUCGCAGAUGAGAGCGAUUGGUGGAAAACAUCCAGGAGCGAUGUCGGCUCCCAGUCAGUUCAGCAAUUCGAGAAGGAAAGGGACAAAUUUCAGGAACUUCAUACGGCAAUUACGGGAUGCGACGACGUGUCGAAAUCGGUUGAACUAUACCUGAACGAUUUCCAGCGCGAACUGGGGGCUGUGUCUGCUGAAAUCGAAACCCUGCAAGCUCGAUCUGUGCAACUGAAUGCAAUGCUGGAGAAUAGGCGGAAUUUGGAGCGGCUUCUGGGGCCAGCUGUGGAGGAAAUUAGCAUUUCCCCAAGAGCUGUCCGGUUGAUCGCAGAAGGGCCAAUUGAUGAGAACUGGUUGCGAGCAUUGAACGAUAUUGAGACUCGAUCUGCGAGUAUAGAAUCGAAAAUCUCGGCUUCUACCAGCGCCAAAGCAAUUGAAGAUGUGCGUCCGCUUCUGACGGACAUUAAGAACAAGGCCGUUGAAAGAAUCCGUGAUUAUCUAGUCUCCCAGAUAAGAUCGCUACGGUCGCCGAACAUCAACGCGCAGAUCCUCCAGCAACAACGUAUGGUCAGGUUCAAGGAUCUUUAUAGCUACCUUUGGAGGGCCCAUCGUACCCUUGCGGAGGAGAUUACUCAGGCAUAUAUCAACACUAUGCGAUGGUAUUAUUUGUCCAACUUCACACGUUAUCUUCAGGCACUUGAAAGGAUCAGACUCUGGCCUAGUGACCGAAACGAGGUUUUGGGUGGUGAUCCAUCAGCUCAGAGAGCAGCUCAUAUUAUCCCUGGCAGUCGAUCCGGUGCUGCUGCUCAUGAUCCGUUUUCGCUGGGUAGGAGGGUUGACAUCCUCAGAACCAGCAAUCAUGCGGCGAUAUCGUCCUAUGUGGCGGAGGAAGACCACUCUUUUCACGGGAUUGAGAUUCCAUUCAGAAACUUCCACCUUGCCCUGGUGGACAAUGUCUCCGCCGAAUAUUCGUUUAUGACAGAGAUGUUUUCUACCAUGUCCUUGCAUCAAAUUUCUCGCAAGGCCAUCGAGAUUUUUGAUCCGGUUUUCUCACUCGGCCACGGCUUGACGAAACAGCUGAUUGAGAAUAGUACCGAUUUACUUGGCGUCUUGAUUUGUGUACGGCUGAACCAGCAAGCAGCAUUCGAGCUACAGCGGCGUAAAAUUCCUGCGGCUGACUCGUACAUCAAUGGUGUCAAUAUGCAGCUCUGGCCUAGAUUCCAGGUAAUCAUGGACAUCCAGUGCGAGUCCCUCAAGAAGGUAGCAUCGCAAACCGGUCGGGGUGCCAUGUCGGCAUUAUCUCUGGCAGGAGGAGAUGACGCGAGUCGGUCGUCGGCACCGCACUUUCUCACGCAGAGAUUCGGCCAGCUUCUACAUGGCAUCCUAGUGCUCAGCAGCGAGGCCGGUGAUGACGAACCUGUGUCUCAUAGUCUGACACGGUUAACGGCGGAGUUUGACGCGCUGUUGACCAAGCUGAGCAGGUGCGGUGGGGAUGCCAAACAUAGGGAAAGGUUUCUAUUUAACAAUUAUUCUUUGAUAUUAACUAUAAUCAGCGAUACUCAAGGGAAGUUAGCAGCAGAGCAAAAACAGCACCUUGAUGAGAUGCUUAAGAAUUCUGGGAGACGUGGCUGAACGGCUUGGGUCCGACGCAAUGGAAGCGCCGGUGGAGGUGUUUAUUUUUGCAUGGUAUUGAAAGACUAUCCACCUUAUGUCUUGAUGCAGAGCAUCUAGGCCACAAUCUACCUACUACAGUUGUGAAUAUGAUUUGUGUCAGGAGGGAAUCAAUUUCAAUGACAAGAUAUAUAUAUAUUUUGAUGAAUCGUGGUACUAUCUCCAUGACGCUGCCCUACAUAUGUAGUAAUUAGACCAACCCUUCGG